GGAUCAUGCUGUUGCUCAAGAGUCGGAGGGGGUUUGACCUCCUCCAUUCUAGGACUGUGGGUAGUAAGCACUAUUCCACAAAUUCAACGAGUUUCCUCGCCUGAAUGGCAGAUAACAUUCACGAUCACAACGAGACGCAAUUUGCACUCAUUCCGGCACCAGUGCCCAUGUAUAGCUCAGAAAGAGAGAUGUCAAUUAGGGGAUAUCAAUACGCCACCACAUGCACACGCACACACACACACGCACACACACACACACACACACACACACACACACACACAUACAUACACAAACGCUCACACCCUGAGAAGCCAAAUGUUCCUUGUGACCUGAAUACCAUCGGACCAUACAGAGCACGGAGAGGCAGCAGCAAUCGACAAUAUAGACGCGGUGUAGAUUUUAAGGAUUGACAUGAAGAUAUGACGCAAUAGAUGGCCGGAAAAUGUACUCAUAAAGUGAAAAUAACCAAAGAUAGAACAAAUGGUAUUGACCAAUCCUGAAAAA